CGGAACUGCGGGCUGGCUUGGGGAAAGCUCUACUCUUGGGUGAUUGGGAGUUUUGUGAUCAAAAUAAGAUGGAGAACACUUCUACACCCAUCACUGGAUUAGCCUGGAUAUCUAGCGUCACUCUCUGUCCCAGGACUUACAAUAUGAUUGUGGCAACAGUGGAAGGAGCAUCUGCUAACUUUCUUAAGGGGUUUAAUCAGAAAUCAGCUGUGUACCUUGGUUACAGCACAGCCCUAGAGGGUCUGGAGCAAGUUAUCACUGACAUUCAAAUACUGAAUGAAAAGACUGUGCUGCCUGUUGGGUAUGCUUUCAUUGGGGAACACCUAGACCCAAAGAUCUCUGUUCCAAAGAAAAAGAGGCUGUGUGUAAAGCAGAUGCCUAUGCAUACUGCAGAAACUGCUGUCUGUGAGAUUAAAUUUUCCAUGAAAAGCAAGCAUAUUGGGGCUCCUUUUGAACGUAUUGGUGAAAUUAGUGGACUGGUAUUUUGGUGCAGAAAAGGUAGUGUACCUUCUCCCAAACCAACGCCAAAACCUCGAAACAUUACUAGUGGCAUUAAAGGGCUUUCUCUCGAUAUCAACACCCCAGUCCAGCCAGUAAGACGAGCAAGUGCUCCAGUUCCAGAUGCAGGGCAAGUUGUUCCACAGAGUAAUGGUAAAUGGCCAUUAUCAGAGAAUGCUAUCUACGAUUCUUCAAAUAUUUAUGGCAUAUCUGCUAUAGAUGGGAUUCCUUUUACAAUUCACCCAAUGUUUGAGAAUACGGUUAACAAUACUUCGGUGGUCACUUCAGACUUCAGAGAUCUACAUAUUAAAACACUGUCUGAGAUUGAAAGUGAGUACAAUUAUGGAUUUGUGGUCGAAAGGACAGCAGCGGCUCGUGUUCCCCCACCUUUGCGUUAAGAAGACAGAGUUGGCCUUUUGGACUUCAUGAGAGAACUGGAAGAUUUUGGUAUAACUUAAUGACAAUAAUAGAACCUGCGCAGGAAAGAAGAUAUCUACAGAAAAAGAUUUCUGCAGAUUUUGUCAAUGAUUCCCAAAACACAUGGAACAGUACAGCUCUGAUAACAUGUAAUUCCAUUAGCUGGACUAAUGAUGAUGACAUUUUGAUAAUUUAAAAAAUUUUAGCCCUCCUUUAAAGGGGUCAUUCGCCUUAACGUUUACUAUGAUGUAGAUGGUGAUAGUCUAAGACAAUUCACAGUUGGUCUUAAAUUUUUACAUUUUUUGACAUUUUUUUUGUUUUUGAAUGAGCUUUUUGUUCAGCAUGUCUUCAGUUUUGGAUUUUGGGGUCCAGUUUAACCCGGUAACCAGGCAGUCAUUUGAAUGAGAAACUGGAAGAUUAGGAGAGGGCCCAAGAGCUAUGCAAAAAAAAAAUUGUAGCCUCACUGUUCAGUAGCUUUUUGUCUGCCAGAAUCGGCAACCCCUUGCAACUUGAUUCAAUGAAUAUGACAACUUAUUUGAAAAUUAAAAUAAUAAGAAAAUAGUGAAGACCAUUUACAAAGUUACUAACAUUCUGUAACAUACUAAAAUUUGCCGGAAAGGUAGAUGUGAAUCUGUUGUAUCCACUGUGUCUUGUACUACAGCGAUUUCCAUGAGGGACAGAUUUAUGAACAUAUUUAUUUUAAUUUUUAAUGUGAUUCAAGUUUUUUGUGCUAAAACUCACAAACUCAAAUGAUCACUUCAGAUCAAGUAUUUAUUAAGCUCAGUAACUCGGAUAUUGCAAGGUCAUGUAGAAGUCAACAUUUAAACUAUUUUUUAAUUCGAGUUUUUCAAAUUUUUCUCAAGGUUGUAAACUUACAAAUUCAAGUGAUACUAUUUUUUUUUCAGUUGAAUGUUUCAUAUUCUGAUUUUUUGAAUAAGCAAACAUCAUUUUUUUUUUUAAAUUGUGAGUUUAUUCAAAGUAGAUCUCUAAAACCUCACAAGAAGCCAUAUAUUCGUGAAAACUAAAAUCUCUUCAUGCAGGAUGGUCACUAGUCUGUUUUGGUUUUUUUUCUAUUUAGUAUUUGUCUUACUAAGAGCAUAAUAAUGUGUAAAUAUGUGGAGCAUAAUCUUGUCUCAUUUCAUGUAAUUACAAAUUGCUGAUUAUAAUAUGAAGAAAUGACAUACCUGCCUGAAAUGGUACUAUAUAAUUAAAUGCCUAUUCACAUCCUA